GGCUGCUGCUGCUGCUGCUGCUGGGCGGCGGGGGACACGACCAUCAACACUCUCCAGCGGCUCCUCGAAGGGCUCGGAUGAAAGAAAAAGCAGCAAAGGACACGGGGGAGAACUGCGCGGACAAGGAAAAAGCAAACUAUCCCACCGCGGCAUCUGGAAAAACAUCGAAGGAGAAGGAGACUGUCCUCCCAACCCGCCCUGGCCGUCGUUUCCAGCACUUGGUGCCAUCCCUUGUGCACCCCCCCUUGGAGCACCCAUAGGAGCCCCCCACCCUUCACCCCCACCCUCACGGCUGACUGGCGUUGCCAUUAAGCGAUGCGCCUUGGAUUUGGGUAGGAAUCACCCAUGCGCUUUUGGAUGCGCAGCACAAACCCAUUGGUCCUUAUUUUUCUUCAGUUCGGGCUAUGGAUCCGGGUGUUUACACUUUUGACGGGGUUCCAGUGUUAUGAUAACACGCAAAUGAUUCAUUCUGGGACAACACGCACGGCUGUCAUUCCUUAGAUAAGUCUUUACAUUAACAACCGGCUGUCACACACGCUGGGUUUGGAGCUUAUAUGUUUGAUUUUUUCUCAAGCUUAAAAAUAAUCCUGACAAUGGUCUACUAACAGACCGCUUCUGUAGUGUUUUUUUUUUACUUCGUUUUUAUCGAAGAAAAAAAAAGUGAUAAUUUGACAAGGAGUCUUCUUGACACCACAAAAGCCUUUUUUGAGACUAUACGGACUUGAGAAGUUUCAGCCGCAAAGGAAACGUGGAGCGAGCCGGAGACAUCGCGGCCAUAACCACAACAUUCUCCCUCUUCAGUGGCUGUGGAAGCCAACACCUGGAGCUGAAAAUGGCAGCGAGAUGGAGCAUCCUGUCCGCAGCCCUCAGGAUGAGUCCAGAGUUGGAAGGACAGUGGGCUGGAGUCAUGCUGUCACUGGACGAGCCCCUGGACCUGAAACUCCCUCGGCGGGCCAGCGGGAAGGACAAGGGAACCCGCACUCCUCGUCUUUCACCCCUGUAUCCCAGGCGCGUUCGCCAACUCCACAUGGCAGACGAUGGAACUGCAGUCAUAGAACCUGCGUCACCAGCAUCUCCACACUCAGGUGUGCAGGUGGUGCCUCAUGAUCGAACAGAGACCCCGACCCCCCCUGCUGUGGACCUCAGCAUGUCUCCCUCCUCCCGCCACACCCCCACUUCUCCAGAGAUGACCAAUGGCAACUAUGUCCCCUCAGGGAAUUCACACCUCUCACAAGCAUUUCAAUUCUUUGUGCCAAUCGGAGCUGGGUCAGGACUUCACCUGCCGUCCUCUAUGUUUAUUGGCCAGGCAAGUGACAAGAGAGCCUCUCCUGACCUUUCAGCUGAUGAACAACUGGCCUGUCGUUGGAAGAAGUGCCAUCUGCUCUUUGACUCCCUACAAGACCUGGUGGACCAUGUCAAUGACUUUCAUGUCAAACCUGAGAAGGAUUCUGGGUAUUGUUGCCACUGGGAGGGCUGUGCUCGCAGAGGGCGGGGCUUUAAUGCUAGGUACAAAAUGCUCAUCCAUAUUCGGACUCACACUAAUGAGAAGCCCCACCGCUGUCCCACCUGCAACAAGAGCUUUUCACGUCUGGAGAACCUCAAGAUACACAACCGUUCACACACAGGUGAAAAGCCCUACAUUUGCCCGUAUGAGGGUUGCAACAAGCGCUACUCCAACUCCAGUGAUCGCUUCAAACAUACACGCACACAUUAUGUGGAUAAGCCCUACUACUGCAAGAUGGUGGGCUGCUUGAAGCGCUACACAGACCCCAGCUCCCUACGCAAGCACAUCAAAGCUCAUGGCCACUUUGUGGCGCAGGACCAAGGCUCCACAGGUGGAGUGGGCUCCAUGCUGAAGGGGAGUCAGAGUGGAGGAUUUGCUAGUGGUGGGGGUAAGGAUUCAGAGUUGUCAUAUGUCAGUGGAGCCCACAUUUUAAUCCCCGGGGCAGCAGCUGCACUUCUGGGAGGCCAUGCUCUGCAGGGCCUGGGCGGUGGCCUGCCGCUGUCCCCCCUCAGUCCUCGACCCCUGGACCUCAGCACACUGGGCAGCCCCAACUCCCCUCCAUGUAGUCUGGGAGGCACGUCCAUCCUGUCCUUCAACGGCUCCCCUCUGGGCUUGACCAAGUCCCCCUUGCUAUCCCCGGGAUUCCCAUCCUCGGCCCUCGGCAUGCCGAUGGUGCCGGUUCUGGGGGCUGCGUCUGAGCGCAGGGCCCAGAACCAGCAGGCAAAGAGAGGCAGAGGAGAGGAGGCAGAGAAUGACAUGACUGGGGGGGCUUUGAACCUCUCCACUGGAGGCUCUCACGAUCCUCUGUCUUGGGUGGUCAUACCCCCAGGCGCUGUGGUGCUCAAGCCAGCUGUGGUCAACUGACACACACACACACACACACACACACACGCACACGCACACGCACACGCACACACACGCACACGCACACGCACACGCACACACACACAUACAUUCCAGAAGAGCUCAGGGGGUCGGGACCGGAGGAUCGAUGCCAUGGUGAGGGUUUGGGUGGUCAAGCAACGCGAUUGGCUUUCACAAGCAAAUCCAGGCAAUGCUUUGAGAAGAGACAUUGGAAAAAAAAAAAAAGUAAUUAACACCACAAGAUUUAAGUACACAAGAAUUAACUAUACAAGACAAGCCUCUUGGAUUGUUGGAAAACAAAACGGUGUUGAGGAGCUUGUACGCUCCUGUGUCUCUAUCACAAGGCCUCACAACAGAUUCCUCUUUGCUUUUUUUUUUCACAAACUUUAUCCAUUCCUGCUAGUUCUGCGGACAAGGACCAUCAAAACAACAGUCGUAGCGCUCUGUGUUCUCACAAAAGUCCUCAGUCAUUGUUGAGUAUUUAUAUAUGACGUUUUUUGACAGCGUGCCUCCGGCCGAACAGUGAGACGCUUCCAACCCGACCGAAGCGCUCACAGUCAGGCAAAUGUGCAUGUACCACAAAGACAUUUCAGAGAUACGGUUAUGAUCUAUUUUUUUUUCACAGGCCACUGUGAUGGAUGUGAUUCAGACAAGCUUGCAGAACCAAAGCAAGUGAACCCAGACCGUCCUGCAUUUUGUGCAGAAGACACAUCAGAUAAACACAGCACUUACUAGUGUCAGCUGGUUCUUGUAUAGAAACCUCAAAACUGCUGCUAACCUCUCUUGCUCCUCCAGUGCAACACAAACUGGGAAAGAGCACUUUUUGACAAUCUGUCCCCAGUUUGGGGAGAGUGACCAACACAGACCAGCCUAGUUCCACCAGAAUGUAUGCCAGGUGCAGACUAGGGGCUUUUAGGACACAGAGUGAACUCUUAUCUUCUUGGUGUUACAUCACCAGGCAAUGACCAAUCUCACUUCCUCUUUUCAUGAGUGAAAUCUAAAGCACUGGUGUGUCUGACACCCCCCUCUGGUAGAACACGAUAGACGACAUCCUUAUUGCCACAUAACAGAGCUAGCGCUGUUGUGCUCCUGCAUUGUCCAGCUGCUUUCCUGUAAUUGAAUCAUCAUGGCCAGUUUGUGUAUGAAAGGGCCCCUUUAGUGAUAAACACUACUGUCUUUUAUUUUAUUUUAUUUUUUAUGACUAAAUCAAUCCAAACCAGCUGUGGUCAAGCUGAGAUCCACUUACGUUUGGUCCAACACGAGCUUGUACCUAGAGAAGGGCAACCAGUACUCGAGUUGAGGGGGGAUGAGGGGGGAUGGCAUCUCCCCUGAAAUAAAAACGGUCAAAAUCAUCCCCCCUGUAAAACUUUCCAUCCCUUAUGUCAUUUCAUCAAUGAAUGUGGUUUUACUGCUAUUUCAACAUUUAGAGUCAUCGCCAGAAAAAUAACACCAGAAAAAUUUGACAAU